GGUCCACUUGCAGGUGGUGGACGCGGCAAGUAAUGAGAAUAUGGUUCGGGAUGAAAGAGUUAAAUGCAAUGACAAACUAGCCAGGUCCCUCCCCCAGAUAAUGUUGUCAGAUUCAGAGUCCCCUAUAAAUACUUCAUUCUGUGCAAUUAAAAAUUGGGGAAAACGUUUGAGGAGCCGGGAGACAAUUUCAUCCUUUGUUUUUUCAUUUUCUGUUAUUUUGUACUAGUCUGCUUUUUCGAAGACCGGGAAGAUGUGGGAGUUGAAAUCCAUCGCGUUCUGGAGGGCAGUGUUUGCAGAGUUUUUUGCCACCAUGCUCUUCGUGUUUUUUGGACUGGGCUUUACGAUGCGAUGGUCUCCGGGCCCCGUGAACGUGCUGCUGGUGUCUCUGGGCUUUGGCUUUGUCCUGGCUGCCCUGGUGCAGGCGGUGGGACAUGUCAGCGGGGCGCACCUCAACCCGGCUGUCACCUUCGCUUACCUGCUGGGGGCGCAGCUGAGCAUGUUCCGCUGUGUGAUGUACAUAGCAGCACAGCUCCUGGGAGCGGUGGCGGGGGCAGCUGUGUUGUAUGGGGUCACCCCUCCCACUGUACGGGGCAACCUAGGGCUCAACACGCUGCAUGCUGGAGUGGGUAUUGGCCAGGGCACGGCUGUAGAGAUAUUCCUUACUCUUCAGUUUGUCCUCUGUAUUUUUGCCACAACAGACAUUCGCAGAAAUGGAUUCAUGGGCUCAGCAGCUGUGAUCAUUGGCUUUUCACUCACUGUGGGUCACUUCUUUGGGCUUUAUUACACAGGGUGUGGAAUGAAUCCAGCCAGGUCCUUUGCACCAGCGGUACUCACUAGGAAUUUCAAAAAUCACUGGGUAUACUGGGUGGGCCCUCUGAUAGGAGGUGCUAUUGCAGCUUUGGUGUACGAUUUCAUCCUGUUCCCCAGGAUGAGAGGCCUCUCGGAGAGAUUGGCUAUUCUUAAAGGAGCUCAUCCCCCAGAAGCAGAGGGGCAGCAGGAACCCCGGAGUGAUCCCAUUGAACUCAAAACUCAAGCCUUAUAAGAGUAGUUGUCUUUUUAAAGAAAGGGGUUUACAACACAAGAACUAUCCUAUCAUCAUGAAGUGACAUUGUGAAAUUUACUGUGUUGUUACUGAAGGUGUGCUUGAAAGAAUAUGAAUGCUGUUAAUGUCCCUGAGCAGGGAAUUAUAGAACAGAGGGUAUAUCUAAAUUACUGUACAGACAGGAAGCUAUCAGGAAAAAAAAAAGGCAAAUGGAGAUAAAUUACUUGGCUUUUUUCAAUAUUUUAAUAUUCUUCAAAAUCAGGGUUUGAAUGUUAGAAUUCACUCAUUAAUUGGAAAAAAAAUCCCCAUGAGCUUACUUAAUUAUUAAUCAUAUUUUACAACAGUUACAUAAAAUUUAUAACCUGCUGUUUUUAAAAUGCUUGCUAAUUGCAAAUGCUUUAAGAAUAAUAUAAUGGGUUGUUUUGAUGGGACAAAAAUGUGUUUGUUUUUUUUUAAUUUCUUUAAGUUCAUGAAAAACAUAAGCAAGUUUACAUUUUACAGCAGUGAAUUUUUAAUCUAGCUGCUUGAAUCUACCUUUUCUGAAGUAGGAUGGAUUUUUGUCGUUCUUAAAACUUCCUUUUUUUUUAAACUGCUCCCCAUACCAUCACCCACCCUACACUCUCACUACACAACUCCUCAAAAUAAAUUGGAAGUUUACUUUGAAAAAUUGUGAAAUAAGAAAGUGCCAUCAUGGGGGACUUUACUGGAAAUCUUAUUUUGUAGCCAAUAGAUCUUAUCACAGAUCGUGUUUGGUCACGCAGCAAAGUUUAAAACCCUACCCUGCCACUCCAAAUAGUAUAUAAUAUUUCC